GGUACCUGGGGGGGUAGGGAGCAUCAUGGCCGCCACUGUCAACAUGUCUCGGGUUCUCACCCGAGCAAUAUUCAGGCACACACUGCUCAGAAAACCUACGUCUGCUGGGUGGGCAUACAGAAAUCAUCGCUCGCUUUGUGCCACAGUAAAAACGGCAGCAGAAAGUUCACAUAGAGAAAACCAAGUUCCAGAAGACCCCAGAGAAAAGCAAGCUGUAGACAAUGGUGUGGAUGAGAAGGUAGCAGAGUGUACAGAGGCAGAGAAGCAGCUUAUGGAACAAAUAGCAAGUUUAUCGAAAGAAAACGAAUCUUUAAUAGAAAAAGUUGCAGAUUAUCAGGACAAAUAUCAACGAACCUUAGCUGAUCGUGAAAAUCUCAGAAAUCGUUUGGAGAAACAGAUUGUUGAAGCUAAACAGUUUGGUAUUCAAGGAUUCUGUAAAGAUCUUCUGGAGUGAGGCACAAGAAGGGUGA